AUGAGGUGGAGUGUGUUGGGCUUUGAUGCUGUAAAUAAACUGGAGAGUUUCCUGUCUCCUGUAAACGGUGUGAAUGUGCGGUUGGUUGGUGGUCGCAGUCGCUGUGCUGGUAGAGUGGAGGUUCUUCAUAGAGGUCAGUGGGGAACAGUGUGUGAUGAUUUCUGGGAUAUGACUGAUGCUGCAGUGGUGUGUAGAGAGCUGGACUGUGGAGAACCUGUAGAUGCUCUGGGUGAUGCUCAUUUUGGACCAGGAUCAGGACCAAUCUGGAUGAGUUAUGUCAUGUGUACUGGAUCAGAGUCAACACUGAAGAACUGUGGAUCAGCUGGAUGGGGUAAAACUGGAUGUGAUCAUAGUAAAGAUGCUGGAGUCAUCUGCUCAGAAGUCCGGCUGGUUGGAGGUUCUCGCUGCUCUGGGAGGUUAGAGAUCCUUGAUGAUCAGUCGUGGGUGUCAGUGUGUGACGCUGCCUUUGACCAGCAGGAUGCAGAGGUUGUGUGUAGAGAGCUGGACUGUGGGGCUCCUGUACAGGUGCUGGGAGAAGAUGCUUUUGGAAAAGGAGACGCUCAGAUGUGGACACAAGAGAUUCAGUGCAGAGGAAAUGAGUCUCAGAUUCACUUCUGUUCAAAAUCAAUAUCAUAUGAAAACAACUGUUCACAUGAGCACAACAUUGGUUUGCUGUGUACAGACAUAAGAAAUGUGAGACUGGUAAACGGUAGCAGUCGCUGUGCUGGUAGAGUGGAGGUUCUUCAUAGAGGUCAGUGGGGAACAGUGUGUGGUGAUGGCUGGGAUUUGGCUGAUGCUGCAGUGGUGUGUAGAGAGCUGGACUGUGGAGAACCUGUAGAUGCUCUGGGUGAUGCUCAUUUUGGACUGGGAUCAAAACCGUUUAGGAUGAAAAGUGCAAUGUGUACUGGAUCAGAGUCUACACUUAAGAAAUGUGGAUUCAUACAACCAAGUGAUCUUGAUGUGUGUCUUAAUAAGAGCGCUCAAGUCAUCUGUUCAGAAGUUCGGCUGGUUGGAGGUUCUCGCUGCUCUGGGAGGUUAGAGAUCCUUGAUGAUCAGUCGUGGGUGUCAGUGUGUGACGCUGCCUUUGACCAGCAGGAUGCAGAGGUUGUGUGUAGAGAGCUGGACUGUGGGGCUCCUGUACAGGUGCUGGGAGAAGAUGCUUUUGGAAAAGGAGACGCUCAGAUGUGGACACAAGAGAUUCAGUGCAGAGGAAAUGAGUCUCAGAUUCACUUCUGUUCAAAAUCACCAUCACACAAACACAACUGUUCUUAUGACAAUGAUGUUGGACUGGUGUGUGCAGACACUUUGAGAGUGAGGUUGGUUGGUGGUCGCAGUCGCUGUGCUGGUAGAGUGGAGGUUCUUCAUAGAGGUCAGUGGGGAACAGUGUGUGAUGGUGGCUGGGAUAUGCCUGAUGCUGCAGUGGUGUGUAGAGAGCUGGACUGUGGAGAACCCGUAGAUGCUCUGGGUGAUGCUCAUUUUGGACCAGGAUCAGGACCAAUCUGGACAAAUCGCACGUUAUGUUUGGGAUCAGAAUCUACACUGAAGAACUGUGGAACAGUAAAUUGGGGUUUUUAUGACUGUGAUCAUACUAAAGAUGCAGGAGUAAUCUGCUCAGGUAAACUACUCCAAACCCUGCACUGUUUUUGUGUCCGGCUUAUUGGAAACUCCAGUUGCUCUGGGAGGUUAGAGAUACUUGACGAUCAGUCGUGGGUGUCAGUGUGUGCCGCUGCCUUUGACCAGCAGGAUGCAGAGGUUGUGUGUAGAGAGCUGGACUGUGGGGCUCCUGUACAGGUGCUGGGAGAAGAUACUUUUGGAAAAGGAGACGCUCAGAUGUGGACACAAGAGAUUCAGUGCAGAGGAAAUGAGUCUCAGAUUCACUUCUGUCCAACAUCCUUACACAAAAACAGCUGUUCACGUGAUAAUUACCAGGGGCUUUUCUGUGCUGUAUUUUUCUGUCAUUUAGAUAAAAAGAAUGUGCGGUUGGUUGGUGGGAACAGUCGCUGUGCUGGUAGAGUGGAGGUUCUUCAUAGAGGUCAGUGGGGAACAGUGUGUGAUGGUGGCUGGGAUAUGACUGAUGCUGCAGUGGUGUGUAGAGAGCUGGACUGUGGAGAACCUGUAGAUGCUCUGGGUAAUGCUCAUUUUGGACCAGGAUCAGGACCAAUCUGGAUGGAUGUUGUAUUAUGCACUGGAUCAGAGUCAACACUGAAGAACUGUGGGUCAUCUGGAUGGAACAUACAUGCCUGUACUCACAGUUAUGAAGCCGGUGUCAUCUGUUCGAGUCAUCAACCUUCCAGACUCGUUAAUGGAUCUCACCUCUGCUCUGGGAGGUUAGAGAUACUUGAUGAUCAGUCGUGGGUGUCAGUGUGUGACGCUGCCUUUGACCAGCAGGAUGCAGAGGUUGUGUGUAGAGAGCUGGACUGUGGGGCUCCUGUACAGGUGCUGGGAGAAGAUGCUUUUGGAAAAGGAGACGCUCAGAUGUGGACACAAGAGAUUCAGUGCAGAGGAAAUGAGUCUCAGAUCUCAUUUUGCUCAAUUUCAUUAUCACACAAACAAAGCUGUACCAGUGACUCUAAUGUGGGUCUGAUCUGUUCUGGUUACACAGAGGCUAAACUGAUGAACGGUUCAGACUCUUGUUCUGGAAGAGUGGAGCUUCGGUUCCUCAGUAAAUGGGGCACAGUGUGUGAUGCAUGCUGGGAUAUGAGAGCUGCCAGUGUCCUCUGUAGACAGCUGAAUUGUGGGAUUGCUGUGUCUGUUGUGGGAUCAGACUGGUUUGGAGAGGGAAGUGGUGAAAUCUGGGCUGAUGUGUUUGAUUGUGACGGGAAUGAAACAAAACUCUCAGAAUGUCCCGUCUCUUCAUGGAGUCGAGCUGAAUGUUCUCAUGGACGAGAUGUUGGAGUCAUUUGCUCUGAUUCCUCUCUGUCUGUUCAUGACGGUCUGGUGCAGUUGUCUGGAGAGAGACAGUGUGAGGGGGAGCUGGAAGUUUCCAUCCAUCAGGUCUGGAGGAGAGUUCUGCUGGACUCCUGGAGUCUCACUGAAUCCUCUGUGGUCUGCAGACAGCUGGGCUGUGGCUCUGUGCUGAACUUCUCCGGCUCCUCUUCAUCCAGUCCUGAACACAGUCAUGAGUGUGUGACGGGCUUCCAGUGCUCUGGGAGUGAAGCUCAUCUGGGGAACUGCAGCUCUCCACAAACUCUCAACUGCAGCUCCACACAACAGCUGUCAAUCUCCUGCCUUGGCCGCGGGUCCAUCAGGCUGGUGGGUUCUGGGGGAGACUGUGCAGGGAGGCUGGAGGUUUUUCACAGCGGCUCAUGGGGGACAGUGUGUGAUGACUCCUGGGAUAUUAAAGAUGCCCAUGUGGUGUGCAGACAGCUGCAGUGUGGAGUGGCCCUCAGUAACCAGCAGGUACCAGCCUGGUUUGGUCCUGGUUCUGGACACAUAUGGCUGGAUGAGGUGGAGUGUGAGGGGAAUGAGACGUCCCUGUGGAACUGCUCUUCUCCAGGCUGGGGGAAACAUGACUGUCAACACAAGGAGGAUGUAGGAGUCGUGUGCUCAGAGUUUAAAGAGAUCAGGUUAACUGAGGGCUGUGAAGGGAAUGUGGAGGUUUUCUACAAUGGAUCCUGGGGUAAUGUGUGCUGGAACCAGAUGGACAGAGACACAGCGAGUCUGAUCUGUCAAGAGCUGAACUGUGGAAGAUCUGGUACUUUUUCCAAUUCUAUAACAAGGGUGGAUUCAGCUCGUAACUGGCUGGAUAAAGUAAAAUGUCGACCACAUGAUUCAAAUCUGUGGCAGUGUCCAUCUUUACCCUUGGGACAGAAUGACUGUGGUGAAAAUGAAGUGGCCAAAAUCACCUGCACAGAACAUAAAAGUCUUGAGUCCCCUCGAAGCUAUUUGACAAGUUCUACAUCUUCCUACAAGAGACAGCGUUCAGAACACCUGAUCAGUGAUGUUGCUGUGUGUGUUUUAGAGCAUGUUCCUCUCAGACUGAGUGGAGGUUUGGGCCGGUGCUCUGGGAGGCUGGAGGUGUAUCAUAACGCUGUGUGGGGUUCAGUCUGUGCUGAUCUGUGGGACAUCAGCGAUGCUCAGGUGGUCUGCAGGCAGCUGGGUUGUGGAGACGCACUGAGGGCUGAUGGGAAUUCAGUCUUUGGUGCUGGUGAAGGUGUUGUGUGGAUGAACAGAGUCGAGUGCAGAGGGAAUGAGAUUCACCUGUGGGACUGUCCUCACUCCCUGGAGAACCACACUGACUGUUCCCACAAAGAUCACGCUGGACUCACAUGUGCAGAUUUGUCAGUGUCCACUACUCCUGCCACAACAACAUCAUCUUCUCGUCCAGUUUCUCAGACAGUGCGCUCAACAUCAGUCACUCCUCCACAAACUCCUCCAGCAGCGUCUCUCUCUGUGCUUGAGGUUGUACUGGGAGUUUUGCUCGUACUGCUCUUAGUGCCACUGCUUAUACUGGUUCAGCAGAACAGAGUGAUGAGGAGAGAUCUCUCUAAGAGGAGACACAGGACGACGACUGAGGCCGUUUAUGAGGAGCUUCGUCACAGACCCUCUAAUAGACAGAGUUUCGUCACUCAGAGGGGAAGUGUUCUUUCAGAAGAACAGCAUUCUGGGUAUGAAGAUGCUGAUGAGCUUCUUUCAGUAGGAGCCGCACCUCACUACCAUAAUGACAUCACCACUGAAGGACCAAAUGAAGAAAAGCAGCAAAUCACACCUGAGAAUUAUGAUGACAUAAUCACUGUUGGACUGAGAUCUCGUGAUACAGAAAACUAUGAUGAUGUCAUAAUUGUACGACAAUUCUCCAAUGAUAAAGCAGAAGGUGUUCAGGAGGAGUAUGAUGAUGUCAAGAAUGUCAGGGAAUGUAUGAGUGACAUGUUUGACUAUGAUGAUGUGGGGGAGGAAGCAGACAACAGUCUCUUUUUCUUCAGAUUUGCUGAGAGAGCUGAUGAAAAGUUUGUCCUGCAGAAGAAGAUGAAGAGCUGUCUUACAGUCUUUCUGAUGUCCACCGUCAUUACACUCACCAGUGCAGGUAAUGUGAGGCUGGUUGGUGGUCACGGUCCCUGUGCUGGUACAGUGGAGGUUCUUCAUAGAGGUCAGUGGGGAACAGUGUGUGAUGAUGGCUGGGAUAUAAAAGCUGCUGGUGUGGUGUGUAGAGAGCUGGGCUGUGGUAAAGCAUUGCGUGCAGUUAGUCUUGCUCACUUUGGACAAGGAUCAGGUCCAAUAUGGAUGGAUGAAGUUAAGUGUGCUGAAACAGAGUCAACAUUGAAGAACUGUAAAACAAAACGAUGGGGUGAAAAUAACUGUGGUCACGAUGAAGAUGCUGGAGUCAUUUGCUUAGGUCGCCUUCCCAGACUCACUAAUGGAUCUCAUCUGUGUGCUGGACGAUUAGAGAUACUUAAAGUAAAGACGUGGGUGUCAGUGUGUGACGCUGCCUUUGACCAGCAGGAUGCAGAGGUUGUGUGUAGAGAGCUGGACUGUGGGGCUCCUGUACAGGUGCUGGGAGAAGAUGCUUUUGGAAAAGGAGACGCUCAGAUGUGGACACAAGAGAUUCAGUGCAGAGGAAAUGAGUCUCAAUUUGUGUUCUGUCCUACGUCCACAUCAUUAAAUACACACUGUCCUCAUAACACUUCUGUAGGAGUAAUAUGCUCUGGUUACACAGAUCUCAGACUGGUAAACGGCCCAGACUCUUGUUCUGGAAGAGUGGAGCUUCGGUUCCUCAGUAAAUGGGGCUCAGUGUGUGAUGCAUGCUGGGAUAUGAGAGCUGCCAGUGUCCUCUGUAGACAGCUGAAUUGUGGGAUUGCUGUGUCUGUUGUGGGAUCAGACUGGUUUGGAGAGGGAAGUGGUGAAAUCUGGGCUGAUGUGUUUGAUUGUGACGGGAAUGAAACAAAACUCUCAGAAUGUUCCGUCUCUUCAUGGAGUCGAGCUGAAUGUUCUCAUGGACGAGAUGUUGGAGUCAUUUGCUCUGAUUCCUCUCUGUCUGUUCAUGACGGUCUGGUGCGGUUGUCUGGAGAGAGACAGUGUGAGGGGGAGCUGGAAGUUUCCAUCCAUCAGGUCUGGAGGAGAGUUCUGCUGGACUCCUGGAGUCUCACUGAAUCCUCUGUGGUCUGCAGACAGCUGGGCUGUGGCUCUGUGCUGAACUUCUCCGGCUCCUCUUCAUCCAGUCCUGAACACAGUCAUGAGUGUGUGACGGGCUUCCAGUGCUCUGGGAGUGAAUCUCAUCUGGGGAACUGCAGCUCUCCACAAACUCUCAACUGCAGCUCCACACAACAGCUGUCAAUCUCCUGCCUUGGCCGCGGGUCCAUCAGGCUGGUGGGUUCUGGGGGAGACUGUGCAGGGAGGCUGGAGGUUUUUCACAGCGGCUCAUGGGGGACAGUGUGUGAUGACUCCUGGGAUAUUAAAGAUGCCCAUGUGGUGUGCAGACAGCUGCAGUGUGGAGUGGCCCUCAGUAACCAGCAGGUACCAGCCUGGUUUGGUCCUGGUUCUGGACACAUAUGGCUGGAUGAGGUGGAGUGUGAGGGGAAUGAGACGUCCCUGUGGAACUGCUCUUCUCCAGGCUGGGGGAAACAUGACUGUCAACACAAGGAGGAUGUAGGAGUCGUGUGCUCAGAGUUUAAAGAGAUCAGGUUAACUGAGGGCUGUGAAGGGAAUGUGGAGGUUUUCUACAAUGGAUCCUGGGGUAAUGUGUGCUGGAACCAGAUGGACAGAGACACAGCGAGUCUGAUCUGUCAAGAGCUGAACUGUGGAAGAUCUGGUAGUGAACCCAGUAAUUCUGUGGGUCUGAGAUCUGCUCCUAAUUGGUUAGAUCAUUUUAAAUGUCGAAAACAUGACAAAACAUUGUGGCAGUGUCCAUCUUCACCCUGGGGACAGAACAACUGUUAUGAUAAUGAGGUGGCCAAUAUCACUUGCUUUGAGAAACAGAGUCUUGAGUCACCACACAGUUGUCUGACAUGUUCAGCAUCUCCUCACCAGAGACAGUGUUCAAAGCAUGUUCCUCUCAGACUGAGUGGAGGUUUGGGCCGGUGCUCUGGGAGGCUGGAGGUGUAUCAUAACGCUGUGUGGGGUUCAGUCUGUGCUGAUCUGUGGGACAUCAGCGAUGCUCAGGUGGUCUGCAGGCAGCUGGGUUGUGGAGACGCACUGAGGGCUGAUGGGAAUUCAGUGUUUGGUGCUGGUGAAGGUGUUGUGUGGAUGAACAGAGUCGAGUGCAGAGGGAAUGAGAUUCACCUGUGGGACUGUCCUCACUCCCUGAAGAACCACACUGACUGUUCCCACAAAGAUCACGCUGGACUCACAUGUGCAGAUUUGUCAGUGUCCACUACUCCUGCCACAACAACAUCAUCUUCUCGUCCAGUUUCUCAGACAGUGCGCUCAACAUCAGUCACUCCUCCACAAACUCCUCCAGCAGCGUCUCUCUCUGUGCUUGUGGUUGUACUGGGAGUUUUGCUUGUACUGCUCUUAGUGCCACUGCUUAUACUGGUUCAGCAGAACAGAGUGAUGAGGAGAGCUCUCUCUAAGAGGAGACACAGGACGACGACUGAGGCCGUUUAUGAGGAGAUUCAUCACAGGCCUGUUAACAUCACAAUCUCAUCAGACAACAUGGAUAAAGAGGCUACAGAGGACUAUGAUGCCAUCAUCGAUUUACUCAAUUAUCGCAUGGAUGAGACUUAUGAUGAUGUCACAACCUUGAGAGAAGAGAAUGUUGAUGAGGAGCCAAAUGAACAGAAAGAGACGCAAAUUGUCUCUGAAGGAAAGUUCUCCAGAUAACGUAUAUGCAGUGUGGAUCUUACAGGUUU